CUUACCCUCUUCUACUUUAUUCAUUUUAAAUACAUUGAUUGAUUUUUUUUCACGUCUUUGUUGUGACAAUAUUUAAUUUACUUUUAACAGCUCUGUUGCUGGUCCUAAACUCUAAAAAGCUCUUACACCACACCAACAGCUUUUAAAUCACAAUUAUUAACACACCUUUCUUGAACUUCACUUUUCCUGAUCCUCCGUAAAUUUAACCUGGUGCUAUUGUUGCUUUUUUAUUAUUGUUGUUGUCAUUAUCAUUCUUUUAUGUGUGACCUGUUUAUACUUUGUAUGAAUUGCUUCAUCUGUGAAGUUUCUUCCGUUGUCUUGAAAGUAAUGAUUUUUGCUGUUAUUUUGUUUUAACGUAAGACAACUUCAACUUGCUAAUUAAGGUGCGACCAUGGCACGUGACAACGUUCCAGAUUCUGUUGAUCUGUAAAUGAUUAACAGUCAGUCAACAUUCCAGCUGACCACAGUGGUCAGUGGCCUCAAAGACAACACUGACAAAAGCUGAGCUCAUUUAUUUUUGUCAGUUUUCAACUUCCCUGUUGUUGUUUUUAGCAUAUUUUCUCAGAAUGUGAGCUGAGUGGACUCUCAUCAGGUGUCAGCAGGAAACUUUCAAAGUUUUUAUCUCGUGUGAGAAAUGUCAGAUGCUCCUCGUGGACAUGGACACAAAAUGCAGCAAUGACACCUCACUCCCCACGUGCUAUGAGGAGUCGUCAGGUCCACUCGCUGUCAUCGUCAUCCCUGCUCUGUUGGCUCUCAGCACAGUUUUAGUGGUGACUCUGAUUCUCUGCAGUCUUCGCCAGAACAGACGGAGACGACUGAGCCACUCAUCUCAUUUUACAAAUGGACCUACUAUUGUGUUUCUGGCAGCCCAGCAGAGUCUCACCCUCACGACAGCUUCUGUGAGCACUUCAAAAGUCCAGCAGGCUUUGCGUCCAUGGGAAGUCCCUGAUGAGUGUGUUCUUGAGGGAGUAGAGUUUUGGCAGACUGGUCGCUAUGGCCCAAUUUGUAAAGGCCUGCUGAGGAAAGGAGACGGUGUCUCGUCUGCUGUGGUGAUCAAGUCUCUUCGAGAUGGCCCCGAUCACCCUGAAGCUAAGGAGUUUGUGGAGUGGCUCCUGUUCUAUGCCACAGUGUGUAAACACGACAAUGUGGUGCAGAUGUUGUACUGUCAGACCAGGCGUUUGCCCAUGUAUCUGGUCUUAGAUGCCUACAGCCCAGGGAACCUGCUUCAUUUCCUCUGGACGCUCAGAAAUGACAAUUCAAACACACCCGAGGCUGUGACCAACGUCUCGGAGAGGUCCGUGUUUCUGGUGGCAAAGCAGGUUGCAGCUGGCCUGGAUUACCUGAUGUCAGAGCACAGACUGGUGCACGGUGAUGUUGCUGCCAGGAACAUCCUAAUUGGCCCAGGCCUCGCAGUCCGGGUGUCAGGACUGGGCGUAGCGUUUGAAGCGCGCACAAUAAUGCAUUCAGCAUGUGGGAAGAGGGCGACGGAGGUGCCUCUGAAAUGGCAGGCUCCAGAGAGGAUCCUGAUGCAGCUCAGUAUCGACAGGAGCGACGUGUGGUCGUUUGGAAUCUUAAUAUAUGAACUGAUUACAUUAGGCUCUCCUCCAUAUCCUGAGCUGGAUCCUGCAUCCGUCCUCCCAAAGCUGCAGGCGUCUUAUCGGAUGAAGAGACCAGAGAACUGUGGAGGACCUUUGUAUGAUCUGAUGAAGUACUGUUGGAUGUGGAGUUUCAAAGACAGACCUGCAUUCUCAGCCAUCAUAAAGCUGCUCGACUCCUCGCUGCACCUCGCGGCGACUAAACCUCUUCAUAUUCCUGAAGUCGUGGACAUUUUUGAGUACAACAGAAAAGCAGGACUGUUCUCAUGAACGCCCGUGUGAAGUCUGAUUACGCUUCGCUGGCAAAGGAAAUAAGUGAAAUUCUUAAGUUAUUUUAUUCUCCUCUAUAUUGUCAAAAUGUACAGAUUUAAAAGCACAGAUCUCAUUAUUCCGCAAGGUCUUCUUUUCUAUCACUGGGCAAAGGACAGUUUCUGUAUCUAUAACGCUCUCAGCUUGCAUACAUCACACCGGGAAGCUGAUUGCAUAGUAGUAUAGAGUUCAGUCUGUGUAUGCACUUUACACAACAUUAAUCAACAUGAACCAUGUCAGGAACCUUAUGGGUUCAAGCCAGUGAGUUAUGGGUUAUAAGGUUCAAACAGUUAAAAACCACACAAUUUCAAAUGGUGAACAAUGUCAUUCCCUUUAUCCUGAUCCUAUAAGAAAGCAUGGGAUGGAUAACAAUAGAUAACAUAAAAUGAUGUCAUCUUCACCAGAGUGAUGUCAAAAUGUUAUGUUUGCUAAAAGAAAAGAAAAGAAGGACUACAAAAAUGAGUGCAGUAGCAAAGUCAAAGGAAGAGUCACUUCUGCCGCACUGCAUUCUUGGAAGCAGUAGAAUGAGACUUGUGCCCACUAGAUGGCAGGAAACGCAAGAUUAACAGCCCAGUAUGCUGUUGCCCUUAUAAUUCUAAAUGUAUAUGACACACAUGUGGAAGACAACUGCUGCUGCAGGGCUAUUCAGUAAUUCACUUUUCUUUUUUCUUUUAAUAACUUGUUAAUAAACCUGUCGUGUUAUCACUGACUCAGUUGUGAAUGAUGGAUUCAAUGUUUGUGACUGCACAGCCUCUUAAAACAGAAGUAAAUCAUGCAAUGGCCCAAAAGAAAAAAACACACGUAACAGAAACACUAAAUUAUUAUUAUUAUUAUAUAUUAUUUAUAGGAUAACACUUCAACCCCUUUGAUACGUACAAACAGCAAAGUGUAGUGACCCAUUUUUCUAUUCAAUGUUUCUGAACGAGAGGUGUUUUAGUUUCUCGCAGUCUUGUGGGUUUUAAGAUUUUUUUUAAGUUUGAAAUAAGAUCUUCUUGUGCUUCGAUAGAAACUAAACAAUUCUCUAAAAUCAUAACCACACAGUGAAAAACUUCCUCUUUUAUCAAUUUCCUCACAUUGUAAAUCGCUGUGUAAAUUGACAGUGCAUCCUUUCCCCGAGUGGUGGGAGGAGACUAACACAUAAACAACAAGAAAACUAAAUUCUCUCUCGCUAUGUUAAAAUCCUGACCCUGAUGAAUUACACCCGAAUAUAAUGAAGAUAAACUGAAAACAAC